AUGCCACUGGACCCCGCCGUCGCCGGGCCUUCCCCGCCGGAUCUCGCCUCCUCGUCUCCUCCUCAAGCCGCUCGCCGGAGCCGCCUCGCCUUCCUCUUCGUCGUCGACCGCGUCCCCGUCGACCACCCCGAGCCUCCCCGAGCACUCUGCCAUUCCCCUACACCGGUUGUGAGCGCCUCCUCUUCUAUCCCCAUCACCGUCGCCCGUUCCGUUGCGUCGUCUGGAUCGCCGAACGCCACCACGGCCACCGCACCGUACCGCCUCGCCCCCUCGCGCUCGCACACGAUCUGGCCUCGACCGUGUCCUCCACGACCGUGCGCGUCCGGCGCCCGCGCUCACGGCGCCUUGCCCGCGCGACCCCGCUCCGCCUUGCCGCCCGCUCGCGGUGGCCUCGGGCCCUGCUUGCCCGUGCUGCCGCGCCGGGGCUGCGCCUUCCGCCGCCGGCGCCUACCGCGCUCCCCCCGCGCCUGCCGAAGGCCGGCACGGCUCGUCUCGCCGGCGCGCGUGCCCCGCAACUCCCCACGCCCGGUGCUGCUCCCGUUGUCGCUGGCCACCGAGGCCCCAGGCGCGCCCGCCCUCGCCUCUCAUGGCUUCGGGUGCGAGCACCCGCACCAGUGCGCCCGCUGCACCCCCCUGAGCCACUGA